AUGGAUGAACCGAUUGAAAGCAUCACAAUUUCAAACGAGGAGAUCACAAACCAGAAUCCAAUUCCCAUCAAUGACGUGCAUAUCAAAAUCGAGCCAGAUCCGGUGAACAGUCUGACCAAGAAGACAAACCUGGAGGUCUCUAUCCCAACUUGCAAGCCAAAUCAAGAACUGCGCGCGGCUUACCUUCUCUCGAGAAAAGUCCAGAGCCAAAGCCUUAUACCAGAUGAUUUGUCCAAGGAGUCCGAUGAGAAAUCUCUGGAUGAAACAGACUCGCAAAACACCACCGAUGAUGAGCAACCAUUUGAGGACGAUGAGCAGCCUGCUGCUGAUGCUGAUUAUCGGUUUUAUAGCGACGAACAUUAUUCUUCUGCAGACGAGGAGUCGCCAGACUCUUCUUCUGGCAGUGAUAGUGACUCCGAUCCCAUGGAUUCUUCUCCGAAGCCAACCAAGACGCGCUCAGGCAAACCGAGCAAGGCAAAAAAGCAAAAGACAAAUGUCUCAGCAGCCUUGAAUGAGACGGUCAAAGGCUUGAUGAAAAGCAAUAUACUGAGCUCUGCAGAUGCGAAUGGAAAUGGGAGUGAUAUGCAGAUUGUCCCUGUGUCUGAGAAAAGGAACAAGAAAAAAGCGAUCGCGGAGGAGAUUGCCAAGCUUCCAGUUGGCGACCAAGCUCAGGCUAACAAGGACGCGACUGCACUAAUUGAGGAUUCUGUCAAGCUCAAGGGGUCAAUCAUCAACAUGAACUGGAAGAUUCGGGGUGUCAAAACAACUCUGAAGCACCAUCAGCGCGAUCGCGAAUCCUCAAAUGAGGAGCCGAAUGGAGGCUUGCUCUGCGACGAGAUGGGUCUCGGAAAAACCCUCACAGUUCUUGCAACUAUUGCGCACGAAAAGCUCCCAACUCGCUCCAAAGGCCCUACCCUAAUAAUUGUCCCAAGAAGCUUGGUUGCACAGUGGAUCAAGCAAAUCAACAUGCAUUGCGUGAAAAGGAUAAGUGGGGGAAUUCUCGAGCACUACGCUGGUUCACGAACAGGCCAGCACGAUGUUGUGAAAGUGAUGCAAAAAAAGGUUAUUGUUAUCACCACAUACGAGGAAGUCUGCGGUUCACAUCCGAAGUUGAAGAUACCAUUGGAGAUCAAGUCUCCUGAAGAGCGUGAGGCUUGGAGGAAGGAGGAAUACGAACGCAGAGCUGGACCUUUCCAUAAGAUUGAGUGGCACAGGAUUGUUAUUGAUGAAGCUCAUUCGAUCAAGAAUAAAGAUUCCGCGACCUCUAUUGCUGUCCGGGCCUUAAAGGGCAAAUUCAAAUGGGCUAUGAGUGGGACACCUUUGCACAACGGUGUGGAAGAGCUUUACCCGUACUUGCAUUUCAUCUAUACAUCACAGAGAAUGGAAUAUGAGUCCUUCUCGAGAAAAUUCUCCAAUGGAUUGGACAACAUCCUGGAUACCGUACUGCACCGCAGUACGUACAGUACCCGGAUAGUUGGCAAGCCCAUUGUCACGCUACCAGGCAUCAGCAACCGAGUCGUGGAGGUCGAGCUUUGCCUAGCUGAAAGGCUUCUUUACGGGGAGAUCCAGGACCUUGGCACUGCAAUGAUCAAUGGUUUGGCAGAUACAAAGAAAAAGCAAGCCAAAUGCAUCUUGGUCGUCAUAUUGAUGCUGAGAAUGUUUGUGAGCCACCCGCUCCUCGCCCAGAAGUUCCUCGAGACAGUCCUCAAUCGACGUGUGAUCCAAGAGCUCCAAGUCAUGGCACAAGAAGAAGAACAAGAUGUGACCGAGACUCCAUCAAAGAUCAUCAUCAACUUGCUUCUCACUGUGGCAGACAAGGUAGCUCCCCGACCAAGGCCUCCAGGAGACUUCAACGAGCUUCAUGACAUAUAUCGCAAAUACCUCUUGCACAUCCGUGAAAACGAGGAAAAUCCACAGUAUCAAGAAUUUUUGCGCAGGAAGUGCCCUCGAUGCGAGGAACUCGUACUAGGACACGAGGCAUAUGUGGUUACAUCUUGUCAACACGUUUACUGCCAAGGUUGCUUUGAUGGGCUUCCAGACGAAGAUGGAAAGACCGAGACCAUGGCCCGCGUCUGCAGCUCCUGCAAUAAGCCCAUCGAGGAAGCCGGAUACUCCGAGGAUUUGCUGAAGAAAUCUCCAAAGAAUUCAUCAAAGAAAAGAAAACAAGGCACGCCAAAGAAGAAAGGCAAGGAGAUCUUCGAAAGAAAACAACGGCCUGGAAAUUCUUUCAAAAAAAAAGUUCUAUCCAGAGAUCUAUCAGAUGACGAGUGGGACGAUCCCAGUGAGAAUGAGAGUGAUUGGGUUUCGCGUGUUGGCGAUCGCAUGCCAUCAGCGAAAAUCACAGCGGUUCGGGAACUUGUCGCAAAUUGGGUGAAAGAGGAUGAGAACACCAAGAUCGUUAUCUUCGCUCAGUUCCUGAAGACCAUUCAACUUCUUCAGUUCAUGUGUGAGAAAGAGGGCUGGAAAUAUGCACUCAUCACAGGGAAGGUAGCUCCACCCUCGCGUGACGAACAAGUUGAAAAAUUCGGCAAGGAGAAAGACAUCAAAGUCAUGAUUUCUUCCCUGAGGACUGGCGGCGUUGGUCUCAACUUGACCAUGGCUAAUAAAUGCAUCCUCGUGGAUCCUUGGUGGAAUAAAGCAAUUCAAGACCAGGCAUACUGUCGCCUGUACCGCAUUGGACAGCCCCGCGCAGUCGAAUACGUCCAAAUCAUUGCCAAAGCAUGCGUUGACACGUGGAUGAUCAGCCUGCAGAAAGACAAAACCGAGAACAUCUGUCAGCUGCUGAGUCCGGACUCACUUAAGGAGAUACUCGGCUCCGGGGAUGUCCGUGAGCAGCCAAAUGGUGGAUUUUCGAUCUUGGCUAGGAAGGGAAGUAAGCACCUCCACAGCUGGACACAGGCUGUUGGAUCAGGAAUACUUGAAGGGGUGGACUCUUCAGAGGAAGAUUAG